CACACGCUCACAUAACACGGGAGGUGAGAGCUGAAUGAAGUUUUCUGGGUAAUGGCUUGAAAUGUUUUCCUUAUGAGAAGCGGUGUUGAGUUACAGCGUGCAGGCUGAAAACUGGGAGGAGAGAAGCAGCAGCCCCAGCCCGGCCCCCACCUUUCCUUGGGCUUGUAGGAAGGUGGACAUGGGCUCCCGGAGACAAGACGAGUGAUAUGUUGAACUCUCUGGCAGCUGGCAUCAACUGCUCCAAGAGUGACCCAAGGACAGAGCUCCGCAGGGUUGAGCCAGGGGCCAGCCCAGCGGGCACAGAUGCGCUGCUGUGAAAUGCCACGCAGGCAGAGACUGACAAGCGGUAGGAGCUGAGCUUUCCCCUUGGACUGCUGUUUCCUGCUGUGUUCAGGGGAGGGGGGCGCCUCCUGGCAGCUCUGCUGCUGCUGCUGCUGCUGCUGCUGCUUCAGCUCCCUCUGCACUCAAGGUAAGCAGCCUCUAAGGGAUGGCAGGCAGCAAGGGAAGCCUUUGUACCAUGAACAAGAUCCGAAAGUUUUUCCGCGGAAGUGGGCGAGUCCUGGCAUUUAUAUUCGUAGCUUCUAUCAUCUGGCUGCUCUUUGACAUGGCAGCUCUCCGCCUCUCAUUCAGUGAGAUCAACACUAGGGUGCUUCUGAAGGAAGACGUAGUCAGAAGGGAAAGGAUAGAGUUCAGAGUUCAGCCUGACCAAAUGAAAAUUCUUUACAGCAGCAGGAGAGAGAGAAAGCCCCCAUUCAGGGGCACCGGGAAAGUGCUAUGGGGCAAAGAGAACUUGAGAAAGACGGAGGAGCAUGGGCUCAAGAUUGAAGAUGAUUUGGACCAAAUCCAGAAGGAAAGACGGAUACAGAAAGUUCCAGGAAGUGUCAAGAUUGCACCUUUGUGGCAUCCUGCACAUCUACAGACCUUUCCUGUGACUUUUACCAAGCCCAUGACAGAGGUACAUGCCAUCACACCUGAAGCCUAUUCUCGCCCUGUGACCACAAAGCAAAUGAUAGUUCAGGGGGCUCAGAAAACCACAUUCAUAGCAGCCAGAGGAACUCCAUCGCCCCAACUAUCUCUAAACGCAAGACCUUUUGGUAUAAUCCAGGAGGCCCAGAAGAGACAUAGUCACAGCAGUGACACAUCAAAACAAGCCGCUGAAAGGAACCUGGAUGUGACCAUCAGGUUUAACAGUGACAGACCAAACCAGAUAUCUCAGGCCGUAGCAAAUGAGAGGACAUUCUCUGCCAGUCCACCAGUGCCAAAAUCUAGGGAAGCCUUAACCUUAAAUGAAACUGAGGCUCAGAGAAAAUAUCCAACCGCAUAUAAACACAGAGCCAAUAAGAACCUUCCCUUUCCCAAGUUCUCUGCCAAUUUAAAUCACUUACAGAAGCAAUCUAUUAAUGAGGCACAGUUGGGAGACUUGCCAAGGGAUGAUGGAGCCAAAGUGGCUGGUGGGAAGAAAUUCAACUUUUCUGAAAGCCAUGUUGUGAUUAUAACGAAGGAAAAGGAGCUAAAGACAAACACCAAACAGAUCCCUCAUCCUAAAAUGAAAACUGUAUUUCCUUUCGUAUUGGGUGAAGGACAAAGAAAACACAUUUCCAAGAACAGAAGUGAGGCAUCCUUCUCUUCACUAGCUCAACAGAGAGCAACAGUGUCUCACACUAAUCACAUCUUAGCUGGAGGACUAAAGUCAACAAAAAUCAGCUUAAAUGCCAAGGUCCAGCAGGAAGAACUCAAUCAAAGGCAUACAAAAGCCCUUUCACCUAAAGACAGCAAAAUGCACCAAGUAUUAAGGAUCGAUCAGACACUUUCUCCAAGGGACCCCAAAGCCCCAGGGCAGUUUGGACGUCCUGUGGCUGUGCCCCAGGGAAAGGAGAAGGAGGCAGAAAGAAGAUGGAAAGAAGGAAACUUCAAUGUCUACCUCAGUGAUUUAAUCCCAGUGGACAGAGCCAUUGAAGACACAAGACCUAUUGGGUGUGCAAAGCAGCUGGUUCACAAUAAUCUCCCAACCACCAGUGUCAUCAUGUGCUUUGUGGAUGAGGUGUGGUCCACUCUCCUGAGGUCUGUUCACAGUGUCCUCAAUCGCUCUCCUCCACAUCUCAUCAAGGAGAUUCUGCUGGUGGAUGACUGUAGCUCCAAAGAUUACCUAAAAGAUAAUUUGGAUAAAUACAUGUCUCAGUUUCCAAAAGUUCGGAUUCUUCGCCUCAAAGAGAGACAUGGUUUAAUAAGAGCCAGACUGGCAGGGGCACGGAUUGCAACAGGUGAUGUGUUGACAUUUUUAGAUUCUCAUGUGGAAUGUAACAUUGGUUGGUUGGAACCUCUUCUGGAAAGAGUUUAUUUAAGUAGAAAAAAAGUAGCCUGUCCAGUAAUUGAAGUCAUCAACGAUAAGGAUAUGAGUUACAUGACAGUGGAUAACUUUCAAAGAGGCGUCUUUGUGUGGCCCUUGAACUUUGCUUGGAGAACAAUUCCUCCAGACGUUAUUGCAAAAAACAACAUUAAAGAAACUGAUGUAAUAAGGUGCCCUGUCAUGGCAGGUGGAUUGUUCUCUAUUGAUAAAAAUUACUUUUAUGAACUUGGAACAUAUGACCCUGGGCUUGAUGUUUGGGGUGGAGAAAAUAUGGAGCUGUCAUUCAAGGUGUGGAUGUGUGGUGGCGAAAUUGAGAUCAUUCCCUGUUCCAGAGUGGGCCACAUUUUCAGAGGUGAUAACCCAUAUUCCUUCCCCAAAGACCGGAUGAAGACAGUGGAGCGGAACUUGGUGCGGGUGGCCGAGGUCUGGCUUGACGAGUAUAAGGAGCUGUUCUAUGGCCACGAGGAAAACCUCAUAGACCAAGGGCUAGAUGUCGGAAACCUCACCCAACAACGGGAACUUCGAAAGAAACUAAACUGCAAAAGUUUCAAAUGGUACCUGGAGAAUGUGUUUCCUGACUUGAAGGCUCCCAUUGUGAGAGCUGGCGGUGUGCUUAUUAACAUGGCCUUGGGUAAAUGCCUUUCCAUUGAAAAUACCACAGCCAUUCUGGAAGACUGUGACGGGAGCAGCAAGCUUCAACAGUUUAAUUACACCUGGUUAAGACUUAUUAAACAUGGAGAGCAGUGCUUGGCUCCCGUCCCUGAGCAGGGAGCCUUGAGACUGCUCCCUUGUGAUAACAGAAACAAAGGGCUGAAAUGGGUACACAAGUCAGCAUCAGCCUUUCGGUCAGAACUGGUGGAUCACAUUGUUUCUGGAAACUAUCAUGAGUUGUUAUGCUUGGAAGGAAUUUUUUCUCAGAAAACCCUGAAAGUUGCUGCUUGUGACCCAAAGAAGCCAUAUCAAAAGUGGAAAUUCGAAAACAAUUUUGAAGUCUGAAGAGGAACUGAUGUUUUUAUGUAGUGAGCCCAUUAUACACUGUGAAAAUGACAGUGAACUUGGUGAUUAUAUUUCUCCAUGGUUUAAAUUUUUUAAAUGAAGAACACUUGAAUAGAAGAUUUUCUAAAAUCACAAUAUUUGAGAUACCAAAAGUUAACUCAGGGAAACAGUCCAACAUUGGAUUGGAGUCCUUCCUCAGUACUAGAAGUCCUUUUGAAUGACCUGAUUUCUUCUCUGUGCUAAAACUCAGCCUGUAAAUUUCCCCAUACAACCUAUUGGGUACCCGGAAAUAAAGACAGAGUACUUGGGGAAGUACGAUGAUAUUCAUUAUGAAUGUGUUGGGUAAUAACCAGCUCUUUGGCCCACAAGUAGGGAGAACCUGGUCCUUUAUUUACUAUUUUUUUCAUCAAAAAAUUUACUUGAGUUUUUAUGGAUAGAAGUACUCAUAAACACACAGCUAUCACCUUGGCAAAAACCCUUCAGAUUACAUUCAUGUUAAACUUAUAGUUUGGAAUAGUAUUAAUAUUACUAGAGGCCCAAAUUUCAUGGGUAGAGUCCCUAGGCCUGGCCAGCCAUCAGGGCUGAUCUGUGCAACAACCAGUGGGGCGAUCAGGGGCCCCACUGGCACCCGCCUUGGCUGGCCUGGGGCCUGUGGGCUGGGGCAGCUCCUGAGUUGAGCGUCUGCCCCUGGUAAUCAAUGCACAUCAUAGCAACCAGUCAUUCCACUAGUCCUUCCACCAUUUGGUCAACUUGCAUAUUAGGCUUUUAUUAUAUAGGAUUCUCCCUGGUGGCAGGAUUUUGAUCUAGCUUACUAUAUGAUGCUUUUUUUAUCAGUCUGAGUCAGUGGAACAUUUUUAAUUGAGGAUGUCAAAUGCUUGUUCAUUUAUAGAUGUGGGCAUUGUUUCAGUUCAUUUUGUACUUUUAAAACUACACUUAAAAAAUGGUUAUGCUAGUAACUUCCUAGACUUGUGAAUAUUAAAAAAUCAAAAAGGCAAAGUAAAAGAGGCUUGACCACAAAACACUAUAAUAACCCAAAAUUCAUUUAAUCACUAAACACAUAUGAGGAGUUGAAACUAAUAAAACAGAAAUAGAGCCUUGAAAAAUCUUAAGGUUCUUUUAUAUAAAAUACUGCCUUAGAUUUAAUAAUAUUUAUGGGGAUAAAGUAUGCUAAAAUGGGCUUUAGAGAUUUUAAAGUAGAAAUAAAAUGAAGGAAACAAUGAAAGGGGAAGAAAAUGAGGUAAGCAAUCUUUAGGAAGAGAGGUAAGAAAAAAUUGCCCUAGAUUUGUCCAAAAAGAAAAGGAAUCUUGCACCUAAAUGGGGGUGUGGGGGGAAGAGAGAUAAUAAAGCCUCAGAUGUGGAUCUAAGGAUAACACUGGGGAGAAGUAAUAUUUCUUUGACUUAUAUUGAGCCCUAAUCUUAGGUAUGUCAAUAUUUGGGCAUUUCAGAGAAGAUCUUAGAAAUCCACAUUCAUUUUGGUAAGAAAAUUGACACCCAAAAGACACAUUACCCAUCUGAAAAUCUCAGAGGAGAGAAUUAGGAUUAAACUUGUAUCUCCAGAGACAGGGCUCAUUCUUUUGCCCCUGGCCACUGGCCUACACACAACCUGUUCCACGGCAUUUUUAUAAAAGAUGAGAAAUCAUUUUGCUGGCAGUGGAUCUCUGGAAGAUAGCCAUAACCAUGCUAUAUGCUUAUUAAUACUUAAAAA